UGUUCGCGCCAAAUAGCAGUGGUUGUGUUGUUCUUACGGUGCUGUGGCCAAUUUGUUGUAAAAGUUGUUUAAAAAGAUGAAAAGCAAAUCGUAUAAUAAUAAUAAGUUUAGCUCGCCGAUUACAUGGGUAGGCAAGCAGUACCAGCCAGAUGUGAAUUGUGUGAAAAAUCGCUUUGCCGCGUUCUACUCAAAAUGUAUUUUCGGCGCCCUCACGCUAGAGGUGGGUAAUUACGUACUCGUCUCCGACAUGGAUGCGGCGGAACCGGACUCGAUCGAUGGUUGUGAUGUGGCACGCAUCGUCCACAUGUACGAGGUGUUGAAUUCGGACUGCACCAAUAUGGACCCAUGCCGAGCGAUUGUGGAAUGGUAUUCCAGACCGUCAGCAUUACCAAAACUGAUAACGGGCGACGAGAACUACACUUUCGAUGCCCGUGAAGUAAUAGCCGAUUCUCGCUUCAGUCCCGACAUAUCGAUUGAAACCAUUUUCAACCUUUGCUGGGUGGAACACGUGCCACUGCAGACCAAUUUGGCAGAGAUACAAGCACUGAAAUCUUCCUCGCACGGCCCAUCGUUUUUCGCUCGCUACAAGCUAGAAAAAGCAUCCGGAAGAAAAUGGUCCCUAAAUGCGUUGGUUCCGAUGGUCGAUGCGACAACGCCACGAAAGAGAAGAUCGAUGUACGAUCGGUCGAACGAACCGAUCAUAGAAACGCCCAAAACGCCCAAGCUGAAGCUGACGCGCACCAAGUCGUUGGAAAAUAUGGCUUCGCUCAGCCCGAACCAGAAAAGUAAAUUAAUCGAAGAUCGUUGGGCCGUUAAGCUGAUUGAUGUGAAGCAAAAUAUCGAUGAAAUUACGGACAUUCUCAGCGAGAUAGAGAUAAGCGAUAGCGAAAACAGGAGACCGACUGCAAACCAGGAGAAGCUGCAGAAAGUCCGUAGAAGCUCAAUGAAUUUAAGGCUACACCCAAAGCCAAGCGCUUACGCGUCCAAUAGCGGCACCGAUGACGAAUGUUUGAACUACUCAAUCGUCAGGGACGGAGCAACAACGAGCGAGCGGCAGAUAAAGAUAAAACUGAGACUUUCGGAGAAUCAAAAAAAUACAGAAUCACCCAAAUCGUUGCGCAAAAGAGUCACAUCUUCUUCCGUUCCUCCAGAGCACGUUUCACCUCCCAAGUGCCGUAAAUCGUUGCUGCCUGCGGAUGUUGAAAGCGUAAGCACCCCGUCGGGACGCUCUCAUAGGAAAAGCAUUUUGAAAACACCCAGCACACACGCAUCGCAAGUUGGCACUCCAAAGCGAAACAUUCAACUAUCUAACAUAAUCGAGGAAUGUUCCAACGGGCGUCGCGUGUCCCGCCUGCUAGAGCUGUCGCCCAAAAAACUAGAACCUCUGCCGAUAGACGAACCUAAAACGCCAAAACGAAACAGUCGUCUGUCCUCUGUUGGUGCCACACUUCCUUCAAGUGCCAGCAAAGGGACGCCCAAAAGUGCGAACAAAAUGAAGCUCAUCCGUGACGGCACCAUUAAACCUAACAUUCACUCCCGCGACGCUCCAGUACAGGACGGUGCAAACGAACUGGCUGUUGCGCGUGAACGGCUGCACGUGUCGGCCACACCGAGCAGUUUGCCGUGUCGCGAGAAAGAGUACGAAGAGAUUUACAACUUUUUGGAGGGCAAGAUUUUUGACGGCUGCGGAGGCUGCAUGUAUAUAUCGGGAGUGCCGGGCACGGGCAAGACUGCCACCACGACGGCCGUUUUACGGGCGCUCAAACAUCUGUCCGAAGAGGAGGACAUACCCAAGUUCGAGUUUGUCGACAUCAAUGGUAUGAGAUUGACCGAGCCACGUCAGGCUUAUGUGCACAUCUAUCGGCAGCUGACAGGGAAGACACUAGCCUGGGAGCAAGCGUACAAUUUGCUGAACAAACGGUUCACCACGAAAGCACCGCGGCGCAUCACUACGGUGCUGCUGGUGGACGAGCUGGACAUUCUUUGCAAUAAGCGGCAGGAUGUCGUGUACAACUUACUGAACUGGCCCACCAUGCCAACGGCUCAGCUGAUCGUUGUCACCAUUGCCAACACGAUGGAUCUGCCCGAGCGUUUGCUGAUGGGCAAAAUUUCAUCCCGACUUGGGCUGACACGUUUGACGUUCCAGCCGUACAACUUCCGCCAGCUGCAGGAGAUCGUAAUGGCCCGCUUGGUAGGCAUGAGUGCUUUCAACAGCGAUGCGGUGCAACUGGUGGCGCGUAAAGUGGCAGCCGUUUCUGGCGAUGCCCGUCGUGCACUGGACAUUUGCCGCAGGGCCACCGAAUUGGCCGACGAUCAGGCAAGAAAAUCGAACGAGUCGGUUACGGUGUCCAUGAUACACGUGCAGCAAGCUCUGACGGAAAUGAUCACCAGCGCGAAGGUGAAAACCAUCCGCAGCUGUUCCCGUUUGGAACAACUGUUUCUGCAAGCCGUUACAGCGGAGGUCACCCGUACCGGUAUUGAGGAAUGCAAUUUUCUGGGCGUUUAUUCGCAGUUCGAAUCGCUGGCCGCAUUUUCGGGUAUUAUCGUGCCCAAUCCAGGCCGAGCUAUGGCGAUCUGUGCGCGUCUGGCGGCGUCCCGCCUGCUUAUAUGCGAAUGCGGUAAAAGUGAUAUUUAUCAGAAAAUUUUACUUAACAUCAGCACGGACGAUGUACAUUUUGCCCUGCAGGCUAGCAAAUUGCUUUAAAAACAGCUGUUCUGGAAACACACUUGACAAUAAUUUUAACAUAGUAACUAAUAAGAUCUAUUAAAAAAGACUGUACUAUCAUCUAAA